AUGAUAGUACGGAACCCAGACAAUAGCAUCGUAGACGUCGACGACAUCGACUACACAUUCUUCGUCGUCACCGUCGAUCUCUGGUCCUCCGACGCCAAACAAGAAAUGAAUUUGGUUCUACACCCUUCGUCCUCCGACAGGUAUCAGAAUAGUUCUAGUAACAACAGUGCGAAUACCUCUCCUAACGGACCCAAAUCCCGAAGGCGUAAUGCCACUUCGGGGUCUGCAGCCGCUCCACGGUCUGAAGAACAGAGUCCAGUAUCUGGACACUCCCCUCUCACUCCAUCCGCAACCAACGGCUCAUCGACCCUUCCACCGCCGCCGACCAGCGACGUCCGAGAGACCAGCUCCUGGGGCCACCCGCCGCCACCACCCGACCCAUAUCCGUCCCAAGCAUAUGCCUCUCCGACAACGCACAGUGCUCCACCGAAUUAUGAUCCUAACGCCCCUCCUGUGAUGUAUGCUUCUGCUUCAGCUGCUUACGCCCAACAUGUACAGUCGUCCUCCACACAUGCUCAAUAUCAUCAAGCCUCCUACCCUACGAAUCCCGCUCCCGCGCCUCCCCCAACCGUCCCCCUGCCUCGCCACACCUAUACACGUACCCUAGUGGGUCCGCUGGCGGCCAACGCCUGUCGUCUGGUCGACGAGCACCGUAAGCCAGGGAUAUUUUUCUUAUUCCAAGACCUGUCUAUCCGUACAGAAGGUACAUUCCGCCUGAGGCUGCGGCUCAUGAACAUUGGGGCCCCGCCCGCUCCAGACCCGGGUUCCACCCGCGUACACAACAGUCACUCACCAAUCCUUGCUCAAACCUUCACGGAGCCUUUCACGGUCUAUUCCGCGAAGCGCUUCCCGGGUGUUCCAGAUACCACACCUCUCUCCAUCGCUUUUGGAAACCAAGGCCAGAAACUGCCUCUGCGUAACCGCCACGGCCCUAGCAAGGGCGGUCGGAAGCGGCGACGCGGAGGGGAGUCAGAAGGCUCGGACGACGACUCCGACGGUUGAGGAACUGGCUUUAACCAAGCCUGGACAGCCUUUGUGAGGACUGUUGCGCAAAUCACCCAUUCCUAUUCAUGGUGCUAUUCCCGAAGCUGCCGUUCUAUUUCCGGAAUUCCGUCCCGUUGAGACCAGAUUAUCCUACGCUUGUAUAUCGCAUAGUUCGCGUACUCCGCAAUUCUUCUAAUCCACGCCGACGCUUAUGUUCCUGAACGGCGAGCACAGCUUGAGGAUAAUUACUGAGUAUGCCGUCGUAAAUUUCGCCGCAAAGACGAACACGCGCCAAUCUUGCAUCCUCGUCUUCAUCUUGCUCGGGAUGGUCAGAUGAGUCUUGAUCAGGCCGUAUAGGUUCAAUGACCUGCCCUCUCUCGAGCUUCUCUAGUGUCCACGCCAGCACGUCCAAUGUAACAGCGUGAGGUCGCCAUUGGUUCCAUGAGGGGGAGAUUUGAUGAAGAACAUGCAACUGAUGCGCGAAGUCGUCGUCGCGGCCUUCAUCAACCUCAGCUAGGCUGCCCAUCCAGCUGCUAGCUGUCUCGAUAGCUUCUGCCCUUCUGGCUGCUCUGCGGUUGGCCGGGGCAGCGGCUGUCUCGGGCAAGUUAUCUUCUGGAGGUGGUUGGUCGAAGAGGAAUGGCGAGUCAGGGUCCCGUUCACGGGUCCGUAGUAUCCGCUCGCUCUGCAUCUGGUACGGCAAGAUCACCCUCUCGAGUAUCUCAAAAGCCCGUUCUAGCUCUCCGGCGCGCACUAGGGCAACAGCUAGGUGAUUCCAGUUAUGUGAGUCGAAGGAGAACCCGAGCAUUUGCAGCUUUUUCCAGGUGAGUGCAAUUUCUAUGUGCAGGCCAGCGGCUGAUAGGGCGUCGAUGUAGAUGGACAGAGGUAUGCACAACAGGGUAGAGUUGCGACGCUCAGUGUGCUCUUGGGAGAGCU